AUGCAAACAUUACAAUCAUCGCUUAAUCCAUCAUCAGUGAAAGAUCUACUUUAUUCAGCGAUGAUAUUAACACAGAAUGACCAAAUUGAACAAGAAAACUGGAUCGAAUUGUCAAGACUACUAUCAGUUACAGACACAAGUCAGUUUAAAGAAAGACUUUUCUUCGUAAAUACCGAUGUAGAAAGAAUAGAAUUUAUAAUCGAUAAUAUUUUUGCAUUAACAAAUAUUAAUGAUGAUACAUAUUUCGAAAUUAUUGAAUCAAAAUUGAUUCGAGAAAUAUCCGUCAAUUUUGAGAAUCUCUCACGAAAUAGUUAUAACGAAAUCAAACAUAUAGGUCGCUGUAACUUGUACCUCUCUAAUGACGUAAAUCAAACAGUAUUAAAUAUGCUUGCUAAUAUUUCAAUAAAUAUCACUCUUAUGGAAAAUUUAGUAACAUGGUUAUUAAAAAAGCUGAGAAAUUUUAAAGGUUAUGAUGAUACAUGGCUUUCAUUGAUGAUGUGUGAGUCUUUACUAUCUUUGGUUUCUGCCUGUGUUCAAAAGGAAGAUUAUUUGUAUAGAAAAAUAAUCAAUGCUCCAAAUUUUAAUAAAAUUCAAAUGGUUACACUUUUAGAAAAAGCACUUAAUAAUCAUCCAUGUUUUACAGCAAGAGGAAAUGCUUUUAUAUUACUUGCAGCAAUGGAUCAACCCGAUCAUCGAGUAAUCAUAAAUGCCUUGAACACAUUACUUGAUGAGAAUGUAGUGAAAAAAUAUUUUGCAAUUGGAGUUCCUUUAAUACAUUUAUCACCCAGCGAAUUUGUCGAUGAUUUAUUAGAGUCAUUAAAAAAUGAAAGUGCUAUUAAAGCUUAUGAAAUAUUAAAAAUAUUGACAGAAUUAGCUUUAAAUGAAAAGAUUGAUAUCAAUAGUAAAUCGAAGAUCAUACAUUAUGUAGCAAAUGAAAUAGGACAACUAAAAUCAAAGAAACCGGUCAAUUAUUACUAUACAGAUAUAAUGAUUCCUUUCACAACAACCUUGGAAAAUGAAUUAUAUAAAGCAUGGAUCAAAAUACAAGGACUCUCUGGUAAAAUACAGUAUUCUGUUAAUAAAGAAGAAUCAAAAAAUUAA